AGUUUGCCAUUUUGUGACGCCUUGUGUGGAAGUUCGUAAACAGAUUUUGCUUUGCUUGCCUGCGGAGGGACAAGAAUUAUGUCAAAACGGAGAAUCGAAGUUGUGGAUCCGUAUGUUAAACGGAAAGCCAGGGAUGGAUCAACAACAUCUAAUAAUAUAAGCGUACCUACAACAGCGCCAAAAAGUCAGGUUCAGGUGAAUCCUUAUAAUGGAUUACCGUAUACACCACGAUAUCAUGAGUUUUAUCAAAAGAGAAUUACCUUACCUGUAUUUGAAUAUCGUGCCGAUUUUAUGAGGUUAUUGGCACAACACCAAUGUAUUGUGCUUGUCGGAGAAACAGGAUCGGGUAAAACUACGCAGAUACCGCAAUGGUGCGUAGAAUAUUCAAGCUGCAUCGGUACUAAAGGUGUUGCUUGUACUCAACCGAGGAGAGUGGCAGCUAUGUCUGUUGCGCAAAGGGUUUCAGAAGAAAUGGAUGUUGCAUUAGGACAAGAAGUAGGAUAUAGCAUACGUUUUGAGGAUUGCAGUUCUCCAAAAACUGUAUUGAAGUAUAUGACCGAUGGUAUGCUCCUUCGUGAAGGCAUGUCUGAUCCCAUGCUUGAUGCGUAUCAAGUGAUAUUGUUAGACGAGGCUCAUGAAAGAACUUUAGCCACGGAUUUACUUAUGGGUGUGUUAAAAGAAGUGAUUAAACAGAGACCAGAUUUGAAACUUGUGAUUAUGAGUGCAACUUUAGAUGCUGGGAAAUUUCAACAGUAUUUUGACAAUGCACCUCUAAUGAAUGUACCUGGCAGAACGCAUCCUGUUGAAAUCUUUUAUACGCCUGAACCUGAAAGAGAUUAUUUAGAGGCUGCUAUCAGGACUGUUAUUCAAAUACACAUGUGCGAAGAAGUGGCAGGAGAUUUGCUUUUGUUCUUAACUGGUCAGGAAGAAAUUGAAGAAGCUUGUAAAAGAAUCAAAAGAGAAAUGGACAAUUUAGGCCCAGAAGUAGGUGAACUUAAGUGUAUACCACUUUAUUCUACGCUGCCACCGAAUCUUCAGCAAAGAAUUUUUGAGCCUGCACCACCGACGAAACAAAAUGGUGCUAUCGGCAGAAAAGUAGUAGUUUCGACUAACAUCGCUGAGACAUCGUUAACCAUCGAUGGUGUCGUGUUUGUAAUUGAUCCAGGAUUUGCGAAACAAAAGGUAUAUAAUCCCAGAAUUCGCGUAGAAUCUCUUCUUGUAUCACCCAUUAGUAAAGCUUCUGCUCAGCAAAGGGCGGGUAGAGCUGGACGUACUAGACCUGGAAAAUGUUUCAGAUUGUAUACUGAGAAAGCGUAUAAAAAUGAAAUGCAGGACAAUACUUAUCCUGAAAUUUUAAGGUCCAAUCUUGGAAGUGUUGUAUUACAGUUGAAGAAACUUGGUAUCGAUGACUUGGUUCAUUUUGACUUUAUGGAUCCUCCUGCACCAGAAACUCUUAUGAGAGCUUUGGAACUUCUUAAUUAUUUGGCUGCCUUAGACGAUGAUGGAAAUUUAACAGAUUUGGGGGCUGUGAUGGCAGAAUUUCCAUUAGAUCCUCAGUUGGCGAAAAUGCUUAUUGCAUCGUGCAAUCAUAACUGUAGCAACGAGAUCCUUAGCAUUACCGCUAUGCUGUCAGUCCCGCAGUGUUUUGUGAGGCCAAAUGAAUCAAAGAAAGCCGCGGAUGAUGCUAAAAUGCGAUUUGCACAUAUCGAUGGAGAUCACUUGACGUUAUUAAACGUAUAUCAUGCCUUUAAACAAAAUUUUGAAGACCCACAGUGGUGUUACGAUAAUUUCGUCAAUUACCGAUCUCUGAAAAGUGGCGAUAACGUCAGGGAACAACUGAGCAGAAUAAUGGACAGAUUUCAUUUGAAACGUACCUCAACAGAUUUUACAUCAAAGGAUUAUUAUAUUAAUAUUAGAAAAGCGCUUGUGAAUGGAUUCUUCAUGCAGGUCGCUCAUUUAGAAAGAACUGGUCAUUAUUUGACCAUCAAAGAUAAUCAAAUUGUGCAGCUUCAUCCAAGCAGUUGUUUGGACCACAAGCCAGAAUGGGUAAUUUAUAACGAGUUCGUGCUCACAACCAAAAAUUAUAUCAGAACAGUUACUGAUAUUAAACCUGAUUGGUUGCUAAAAAUAGCACCGCAAUAUUAUGACUUACAAAACUUCCCGCAAUGUGAAGCAAAGAGACAAUUGGAAGUUAUUCAAGCGAGGCUAGAUUCGAAACAAUACCAAGAAGGAUUCUAACCGCAACAUCUUUUAGAUAUCUUUAAAAGUGGCGUCAAACGAUCCGUAAUACGUAUGUGGUCGAACGAUUUUCGACAUUAUGUCAAACGCGGUUUUUUCAACACAUAAAACUGAGAACAUGCUAAAUGUUGUGAGAUAUAACCGAAAGAGUAGUUUGUCUACUCUGUAUUUUCACGUAACAUGUGUAAAGAAAAAGACAAAUUUUACUGAACAUUUCUAAUUUUGUACAAGCUUUAAAAACUUGUACAUUUUUUUAGGCUCGUGUGCCGAGAAAUUUGAAUGUUCGUAGACCUCAUCUUCUAUCCUAACACGAAACAAAUGAAAAUUGAAAUUUAUUCUGCUAGAAGGGCACGCAGAAGUCAUAGUUGAUUGAUAAAUGAUUUAUUUAUGUACAUUAAAGAAAAAUUUAGUGACUAAGUGAUUUUACCGGUCGAAUUUGUUGAUUGACGUUUGCACACUUGAAAUGUAGUUCUAAAGAUAAAUACAAAUAGACUAAUUUUUGUAUUAAAUGUUGAAUAAGUAUGCCAGACAAAACCGUAUACAAUGCUUAGAUAACUGAAAAGAAAUAAUUCUAUAGAGAUAACCUUUUGAAACAAAUAAUAUCUGUUUGAUGUUUUUCCCUUCAGAUUAAUUAGUUCCAUUCAACGAGUUACGCGUUUCACUUUUUUCCAAGUACACGCAAACUAAAAGGAUUCUGAUUCUAAUUACAACAAUGCGCAGAUAACUUGCCAUCUUAUGCAAUAUUUUCCUUCUCGCUCACAAUCUGUAUAGUUGUGCUGCUUUGACGACUUUACAAGAAGAAAAUUUAUUGCUAAUCGAAAGAUGCUUCCAGAUAAUGAAAGAAGCAAUUAUGAAGAAUUAAAGAUAGUCAUAACUUGUAAUAUGAAGGAUAUUUUAAAAGAACUAUGUGAUAGGUUUGAAGAAAAUCAAAUUAUUCUUAUUUAUGAAUGCUAGCAUAAUAGAAAUUUCAACCUACUGUCACUGUAAAGAAUUACGGCGUUUCAAGUCAUAUUUACAACAGUAUAAACGGAUUAAGCUUAGUUAUCAUACAAUUUGAACACUUGUCGAUAACGAUGUCCUGUUUCGAACACCGUGUGCGCUAAAAAUUUAAUAACAAUGUUAAAUUGUUUAACUUAUAUUUUUAGAACCGGAAACAUUUAAGUAGCUGGAAAUGCUAAUACGCUAUUGAAAUUAAUUUUCUCGAUGAAGAUGUAAUCUCGCUGUUUACACUCUUUUGCUUGUUUUAUCGUAUUAAAUGAUAGUUUGUUUUUGUAAAUAAAAUAUGCAGAUAUAAAAAAAAAGGACAUACAUAUAAAGAUCACAAGAUUUCUGAUCGCGAACAGUUUUCAUUGUAUUGUAUCACUUCAUUCCAAUAAAUUAAUGAAAAUAUAAUACGAUUGUGAUAAU